CGAAAAUCCUUAUCUCCAAACCUCAUCCAUUCCCUAGCUCUCCCUCCACUCAUUUUCCCCCUCUCUUCUCCUCCAUACCAUGAACUACAACCAACAAAAGUCAAAAGAUAAGCCUGCUUUUGCCUUUCUCACAUAACAAAUUAUAACCCAAAACUUUCUCACCGGAGACCUUCUUCUCCGCCAUAUCCAAUUCUCCAACCAUGUCUUGCUCAAAUCUAACAAUGUGGGUCUCCUCAAAACCUUCCCUCUCCGACACUUCCUCUCUCUCCUUCCGCUCUUGCCUCAGCCCCUUUCAGCUCCCAUUUUCUCAAUCCUCAUACCCCGCCACCUCCAACUCUAAAUCCUCCGUCGUCCACUGCGGUCUCCGCGAGCUCCGAGACCGCAUCGACUCCGUCAAGAACACCCAGAAGAUCACCGAGGCCAUGAAGCUCGUCGCCGCCGCCAAAGUCCGACGAGCCCAAGAAGCCGUCGUCAAUGGCCGACCCUUCUCCGAGACUCUCGUGGAAGUCCUAUACAACAUCAACGAGCAGCUCCAGACGGAGGACAUCGACGUUCCCCUCACCAGCGUAAGGCCGGUCAAGAAAGUCGCCCUCGUCGUCGUCACCGGCGACCGUGGCCUCUGCGGCGGCUUCAACAACGCCAUCAUCAAGAAGGCCGUCGCAAGAAUCGAAGAACUCAAAGACCUCGGCGUCGAUUACACCGUCAUAAGCGUCGGCAAGAAAGGAAACUCCUUCUUCGUACGCCGUCCCUACAUUCCCGUCGAUAAGUUCCUCGAAGGCGGAUCGCUUCCGACCGCGAAGGAGGCCCAGGCCAUCGCCGACGAUGUCUUCUCCCUCUUCGUGUCCGAAGAGGUCGACAAGGUCGAGCUCCUCUACACGAAAUUCGUGUCGUUGGUGAAGUCCGAUCCGGUGAUACACACUCUGCUUCCGCUGUCGCCGAAGGGGGAGAUCUGCGACGUCAACGGGAACUGCGUCGACGCGGCGGAGGACGAGUUCUUCAGGCUGACGACGAAGGAAGGGAAGCUGACGGUGGAGAGGGAUGUGGUGAGGACGCAGACAGCGGAUUUCUCCCCAAUACUGCAGUUCGAGCAGGACCCGGUUCAGAUACUGGACGCGCUUCUCCCGCUGUACCUGAACAGCCAGAUUCUGAGGGCGUUGCAGGAGUCGCUGGCGAGCGAGCUGGCGGCGAGGAUGAGCGCCAUGAGCAACGCCACCGAUAACGCCCUCGAGCUGAAGAAGACCUUGUCCAUGGUCUACAACAGGCAACGCCAGGCCAAGAUCACCGGUGAGAUAUUGGAGAUUAUUGCCGGGGCUAAUGCAUUGGUCUAGAUCAUACAAUCGUCGUGAUUCUUAUAUGUAUAUGUGCA